AUGGGGAGUUCUAUCUCGACCUCGACACCGCAAACAAACGAUUCUUUUUCUGGCCAAGACUUUUCUACUCCGGUACAAUUCGGAGGCGGAUUACAGACUUCUACUUCUCUUCCGCUUGCAUCCCCAGUCGAUGCACUUGACUUGCCCGCGGACCACCAGGGCAACAACUUCAGCGACUUCGAUAUGUUGCUUGAUAGCAUAAAUGGAACAUAUAGUGGUGGCCUUUCGUCAUUCUUCGUCGAUCAACUAUCUUUGCCAUUGCACCCAGCACCACUUUUCCCAGCUUUCGAACAGCCUCCUGAACCAAGAAAGUCGAGAUCAAACUUAUCCAAGCUAGCCACCCCGAAAGUAUCAGCGCCUCACUUGUUUGAUGAAUUCACGUCUACACUUCCAUCAUUCGAAGUGUCGCCACCUUUGACGGCUCGGAAAGAACCCUGGAAGAUCACACAGCAAGACUGGGAUGUUCUAUUUUCUGGGGUUCAACUGUUCGCCUCCUCUCUCCCGCAUGGAUUCUUCCUCCCUUCGCGACACACAAUAACACGCUAUAUCACAACCUACCUCACCGGCUUCCACCGACACUUGCCGAUGUUACAUAUACCGACGUUUUCGGGCGUAAGGUGUCCUGUCGAACUGAUCCUGGCCAUGGCGACGAUCGGAGCACAGUCUGCCUUUGACCAUCACAAUGCGAUCAUGUUAUUCAGGGCCUCUUUUGCGAUAGCUCAAGAGAGACUUCGUAUUCGCAAGGACCAGCGACACUAUAUGGUUUUCCGUACCAGGGUGGGAACCUCGGCGCAAUCACCACACAAUGGAAAUUUGCCAGGGCCCUGGUCUCCUGCCCAAAAUCAAUCUCAUGCCGCUGGUGAGGAUGAAAUCCCAGAACAUUUUGACCCACUUCCCCUCGCGCAGACAUUGCUAAUCCUCAUGGCAAUGGCAACAUGGGGAAAUUCCGAAGAAAUUUUCGAUGAGGCGGUCGGAAUUCAGAACAUUCUGGCAAAUUACAUGAGAGCCGAAAAGCUUCUAGAUCACCAGAUAUGUCGAGGCUCGUCAUGGGACAUUUGGAUACAAGAAGAGAGCUUUAGGAGGACUGUUGUCAUCAUUUUCUGCUUUUUCGUCUUUCAUACGAUUGUGUAUGAUCUUCCUCCACCAAUUCUCAACUCAGAACUCAACAUAAAGUUGCCCUCGCGCGAGAAGGACUGGGAGGCAGAGAGUGAAGAGAAGUGGAAGGAAGCUCGCAAUAAGCAUGACCCUGAACUCCUAUUCCAAACUCAGUUCUCUUUGCUUUUCUUGUCCAACCCAGAAACGCAAGCAGGGUAUUGUUCGUCGUUGGGUAGCUAUACUCUCAUACUUGCACUGAUUCAGCACAUCUACUUCCUGCGAACGGUCGCAAAACGCAGAUCUGAAGGAGAUCAAGAAAUAACCCCUGCUGAUAUCAGCGAGGUAGAGCAAGCCUUACGAAACUGGCAAAGUGCAUGGAACCAAGACCCGGAAUCAUUCCUGGGUCCAUUGAGCCCUCUUGGACCGAUCUCAUUCAAUUCAACCGCCUUACUUCGCAUGGCCUACAUAAGACUCAAUGUCGAUCUCGGCCCAUGGCGUGCUCUAAACACCCACGAUCCCUACGCUAUCGCAAUAUCCAUGCAUCGAAGUCCAAAGAUAACGACCAGUCGGAAACUCAGUCGGGCUGUCCUAUACUCAGCUCACGCUCUCAGUAUUCCGAUUAAAAUUGGGAUCAAUAUUGUGACACACAACCAAGCCUUUUCCUGGUCACUUCAACAUUCUCUCUGUGCGCUUGAGUGCGCCUUUAUCAUCAGCAAGUGGUUGAUUGAAAUCGAGCCCCAUAUAUCUGAAGGUGCUAUCGAUGAGGAGGAUGCUAGGCUGUAUGCUUACAUCGUCGAUAUGGUCACGGAGGCCGAAGCGGGAGGCGAAUCAAGAAUCUCAGGCUCAGAUCUAUGCCCUCGUGUCAUCAGGAUCUGGGCCAGGAUAUUGAGUGGGAAGGCAGUCUGGAAUGUUGUGCGGAUGAUCGGACAGAUUCUAGAGGCAUACGCCCAGAUUUUGGAGCAGGGGGCAUAA